CUUUUUUUCUUUUUCCUUGUUUCCGAAUGCACUUGAGCUGUCGGCUUGUGCUGCUCGCUGCAGUGCUGUUUGCGGGCUGCGUUGCGCCGGGCGUCGAGGCGAGCAAGGGCUCUGCGUACGCGCACGCUGCCAGCGUCCCUGUCUUUGUCAACAAGGUCGGCCCCUACUACAACCCGUCCGAGACGUACGACUUCUACUCGCUGCCAUUCUGCCAGCCAAAGCCGAUCGUCUACAAGAAGAUCUCGCUGGGCGAGGCGCUUACUGGCUGGAAGCAGGCCAACACGCCGUUUGACAUCAAGUUUGGUGUCAAUGUCGACAACGCUGUGCUGUGCGACACGGUCAUGCUCUCCAAGCGCGACGUCCAGGAUUUGCGCGAGGCCAUUGAGGAGCUGUACUUUUUCGAGUUUUCCAUCGACGAUCUUCCGGUUUGGGGCUCGAUUGGACGGCUGGAAGAGGUGACCUUCCCUCAUACACAUCGAAUGUUCCUCUGGCGCCACUACCAUUUCUAUUUUGAGUACAACGGCGAUCGCAUUGUGUAUGCCAACGUCACAAUGGACUCUGAAAAUCCCGUGGAAAUCUUUGAUUUGAUGCCCGACAAGAGCAUCGAGUUUACGUACUCUGUUGCUUGGAUUCCGACCACACUGCCAGCCGACAAGCGCAUGACGCACUUUGCGAGCGACAGCUUCUUCCCGACCGAGCUUGAAGUCCACUGGCUCUCCAUCAUCAACUCUGUGUCCUUGGUGGUCUUGCUGACCGGCGUGGUGGCCAUCAUCAUGCUGCGAGUCUUGCGUGCCGAUUUCGCUCGCUACACCCGUCAAAUGGAUGAUUUGGACGAGCAAGUUUACGAAGACUCUGGCUGGAAGGUGAUUCACGGCGACGUCUUCCGAUUUCCCGAGCACCGCACCUUGUUCUGCGCCGUUCUUGGCGUCGGAACGCAGUUUCUUGUCGUUUGUGGCCUGCUGCUCGCAAUGGCUCUCUUCGGCAUGUUUAACGUGCACCAGCACGGUUCCAUGAACUCGGCCGUCAUCGCCAUCUACGCGCUGACCUCGGGUAUCUCUGGCUACAUCUCGGGAUCCUUCUUCAAGAAGAUUGGCGGCCAGAACUGGGUUUGGAACAUCAUGCUGACUGCUUGCUUGUUUUCAGUUCCAUUCUUCCUGGUCUGGAGCAUCAUCAACUCGAUUGCAUGGGCGUACGAGUCGACUCAAGCUCUGCCCGUGUCGAAAAUUCUCAUCGUGAUGUGCCUGUGGCUGUUUGUGGGCUUCCCAUUGACGGUGGUUGGUGGCAUUGUUGGCAAGAACUCUGCCGCCAGCUUUGACGCACCCGUGCGAACCAAGAACAUUCCUCGUGAAAUUCCACCAGCAUCCUUCUUCCGGUCGACCCCGGCACUGAUGAUUGCAGGUGGCUUUUUGCCAUUCAGUGCCAUUUCCAUUGAGCUGUACUACAUUUUCGACACGCUCUGGGGUCGACAGCCAUACACGCUAUUUGGCAUUCUUGCGAUCGUGUUUGUGAUUCUCCUGCUGGUCACUGCCUGUGUGUCAAUUGCUCUGACCUACUACUCGCUUGCUGGCGAGGACUACCAAUGGUGGUGGCGCUCCAUCCUCAACGCUGGCUCCACCGGCCUGUUUGUGUUGGUCUACAGCGUCUUUUACUACUUUCACCGCUCCAACAUGUCGGGCGCCCUUCAAACGGCCAAGUUCUUUGGCUACACGUUGAUGACAUGCCUUAUUUUCUUCCUGAUGCUGGGUUCCGUCGGGUUCUUUGUGUCGCUACAAUUUGUGCGGUACAUUUUCCGAAGCCUCAAGGCGGACUAACGAACCUGUUCAGGUUUUGUUUUUCUUGUUGUCGUCCCGACCCCCAUCCCCUUCGUCAAACUGCGCGCAAAGAGCCAUGAAAUGCCGGCCUUGGGUGUAUUGAUUGGAAGUGAUGUCUGUAGGUGCUGGUGUUUUUCGUUGUUUUAUUUUAUGUGCUUACGUGUUGUGCGUGUUUUUGUAAAACAUAAGUUCUGGAAUUUCUU